CUGAAUAAAUGUAAAUAAAUAAACAAAGAGAAAAAAAAAAAUUGUUUAGGCGGAGAAUAUGGAUAAAUAGUGAAGACAAGACAGUUUUCUUACCCAUGAAACGUCUUUAAUGGCAAACUCAACUAGUUUUUACAAAGACAAUGUUUCCGAUUAUGAAAUCUCCACAGCCGGACCAAACUCGAGCCGCCGUACAAGCUGGCUAAGCAGCUCUUUCACGGCCAGUCCUAGCUGUGGUAGCUCCAUAUCCCAUCUAACUAACCAUGGCCUAAUCAGCUACAACCAAUCCAAGCCUCACAAAGCCAACCAAGUUGCAUGGGAAGCUAUGGCCAGGCUCCGCCGGUGCUGUGGGCAUGCGGUAGGAUUAGAACAUUUCCGACUCUUAGAGAGGAUAGGCAGUGGCGACAUCGGAAGUGUGUACCUCUGCCAAAUACGUGGAAGCCCGGAGGUUGCGCUUUACGCGAUGAAAGUCGUAGAUAAGGAGGCUGUGGCUGUGAAGAAAAAGCUAGGAAGAGCGGAGAUGGAAAAGAAGAUUUUAGGGAUGCUUGAUCACCCUUUUUGCCCUACCUUGUAUGCAGCUUUUGAGGCUUCUCAUUACUCUUUUCUUGUCAUGGAGUAUUGUCCCGGUGGUGAUCUCUACGCCGCACGCCUCCGCCAGCCCUCUAAGCGUUUCACUAUCUCCUCCACUAGGUUUUACGCAACAGAAACACUGGUGGCGUUAGAGUAUCUCCACAUGAUGGGAAUUGUGUACAGAGACCUGAAGCCAGAGAACGUACUAAUCAGAGACGAUGGUCAUGUAAUGCUCUCAGACUUCGACCUCUCCUUCAAAUGCGACGUCGUCCCCCAACUCCUCAACCACAACGACCGUGACCAACGAGUCCUUGAGGACGACGAAGACGAAGUCAGCAUCUGCCGAAAAUGCUCCACACCUUCCUGCACGUCUAGUCCUUUAAACCCCGUAAUCUCCUGCUUCUCUCUCAGUUCGAGUAGAAGAAAAAGCAAGAAUGUUAUUACCACAACAAUACAUGAGAACGCCGCCGAUACUUGCGUUUCCGCUAAAAGCAAGGGUUUUUCUAGAACAUUCUCUCGACAACCUUCUUGUUCAACUCGGGUUUCAAGUGGACUUGGGGACGUCUCUGGGGGAUGUCUAUCAAUUUUCGCCGAACCAAUCGACGCUCGCUCUAAGUCGUUCGUGGGAACACAUGAGUACCUGGCACCGGAGGUAAUCUCAGGUCAAGGGCAUGGGAGUGCAGUUGAUUGGUGGACAUUCGGUAUACUUCUGUACGAAAUGAUAUUUGGGAAGACACCGUUUAAAGGCGAGAACAACGAGAGAACGCUACUUAACAUUCUGAAAAAACCAUUGUCAUUCCCAAAGGUUAUAGUCAAUAGCCAGAAAGAGUACAAUGACAUGGUGAGCGCUCAAGCUCUUAUUAUUAAAUUACUUGUGAAGAAUCCUAAGAAGAGGUUAGGAAGUCUCAAAGGCUCCAUUGAGAUUAAAAGACAUGAGUUCUUCGAUUGUGUUAAUUGGGCACUAAUCAGGUCAAUAAAGCCACCUUGGGUCCCUAAAGAAGAGAAUAAUCAGAAGACUAAGAGUGAUAAUCGCAGCGUUAAUUAUUAUUUGCCACCGAGGUUUAUGAUGAGUAGAAAGGAAAGGGAUGAGCCUUACCAUCUCUCUGAUCAUUUUGAUUAUUUCUAACCUUAGGAUAUAAUCAUUUUUUUUAAUGAUAUGGUAUCAUUUAGCACGUCGAGGUUUAUAUUCAUAUGAUUUUGAAUCCAUGUGGUAUUGUGGGAUUGAAAUUGAAAAUGUAAGUAUCAUUAGGUGAAAACUUUAGCAACUUCACCUAUAUAUAUAUUGUUGAG